UGCGUUUAGCGCCUUCUUAAAGGCGAGGCCCAAGCCUGGUGUGUCUGUAGCUUUAAAAGAAGAUGAAACUAAACUCAAAGAACUUUUUAAAGACAUUGACGAAAACUAGAUUGGAACCAAAUGUGCCGCUGCUGCAGAUUCAGGGAAUGGAAUUCUUCAAAUUUUGACCACCUUAUCAAAAAUGACCCAACCAGAGCCCAACUGGCCUCUGGUUACCCCAGUUCAAGUAGUGGAUCAAGAAUAAGAAGACUUCCUGUGUUCACUGAUGAAGAGCAAAGCCGGAGGCUUCAGAGAGGAGCUGCGGCACCUUUGAGCAGGAACAAUUCUUUCUUAGGAGACUUGAAGUUCAGAUCAACCUACGUAGGCGUAGAAGACGGGUUCAGGAUGCAGUUGGCAGUGAUCUUAUUCGUCCUUCUAGGGCCAGUUUCCUCUUCGACCAAAGAACAGUCGGUCUCUUUCUCGAUGACCUUCAGCACUGGAACUCUCCUUCGGGUGCACAUUAAUGAAGAAAUGGAUCAGUGGGAUGAAGCCAGUGACCCUCCUCCUCUUCGUAAGAACACAGCAGCUUCCUUCACCGGCCCAUCCUUUCAGAUUUUAUCCUCCGUCCAGCUCUCUUCAGCACCAGGAUCCCCUCGACUGCUGGUCUGCAUUCUGGAUGGACUGAUGUCUCCAAGGCAACGUGUCCUUUGGUGGGUGGAUAAUGCACAGAGGGUUUUAGGGAGUGAAGCAGGGCCAUGGAAAAAGUCCAAGGAGGGCUACAGUGCCGUCUCUGUGCGGAAUGUGCCGGCUGCAAAGCGGGGAUUCCCUGUGUCAUCGUACUGGUGUGGAACGAUUCAGGCAGGGAAAGUUUUCAAACAGAAAGUCUGCUCGGAAACCUGAAUUGAAAUGUUGUUCCUGCUUCAUUCUGGCCUCAAAGACUUCCACAUUAAAGACAUUCUGAGUGUUCAUUUGUUGGAAAAUAAAAAUGUUUCCCUUCGUGUUUGUGGAGAAAUAAAGAACAACAGAAGCCACAAAUUAA